AUGACACUUGCGGCGCCGAGAGAUUCAAACGAGAGGCGGGCGCUAUCCCGAGCGGUGGGGUGUCCUUCGCAUGGACCGGAUCCGGAGCUUCUGCGGGAAGCUGCGGUCUUUGGCCGUCACCCUAGACAGCGAGACGGCUCGGUUGCAGCGGGCGCUGGACGGGGAAGACAGCGACUUUGAACAUUAUCCAAUGAGAAUUUUACAUGACCUUCAUUCAGAAGUUUGGACUCUAAAGGAUGAUAUCAGUACUCUUCUUGACAAAGCAAGCUUGGAAAGUAAAGAAAGCAUUGUUUUCAUAAAGGCAACAAAAGUACUGAUGAAAAAAAAUUCAAUGGAUAUCAUGAAAAUAAGAGAGUUUUUCCAGAAGUAUGGAUAUAAUCCACGUGCCAAGAAAAAUUCAGUGGGUGAGCAAGAAGUCGUUGACUCUGAACCAGAGUCCACUAGGGAUGAGACUCUUCAGAAGCCUGAUGUGAAGGGUGACAUGUCUGAUCCUGCUGGCCCAAGCAGCUCUGUUGCUGAGAAGUCUCCAGGUAGUCCACAACUUGCAGAUUUUGGCCUUGAGCGGUACCUCAUAUCGCAAGUCCUGCCAAACCCUCCACAGGUGGAAAACAACCAAAACGAAGGGCCAAAAGUGUUAAUUCCAUCAUCCCAACAGUCACGAGUGAAAAUACUGAAAACUCCAAAGUGUGCACUGAAUAUGGACGAUUUUGAGUGUGUGAUUCCUAAAUUAGAACACGUUGGUAUCUCUGAAUAUACGAUGUGUUUGAAUGAAGAUUACACCAUGGGACUUAAAAUCAGAAAGAAUAGGAGUGAGGAAGCCAUAGAAACAGAACCAGUGUCCACUGAUAAUUUCUUUGCCACUACUGGCCUCGUGAACCAGCAGUUGGGAAAAAAUGAUGCUGAGUAUACAGCGUCUCCCUUGGCACCUACAUUCUGCACGCCUGGUUUGAAAAUUCCUUCUACAAAUAAUAAUACAGCUUUGGUAUCCACAAAUGAUCCACUAUCAGAAACAAAUAGUUCAUCAAAUGAUUUGGAAAAGAAAGACUGCACAUCGUUAGUUUUAAAUUUAGACAAGUGCUUUGAGAAUUUCGCGGCUCCCUCUUCUCCUCUGAUUUCUUCUUAUGAGAAUCUGCUCAGAACACCUACGCCUCCCAGAGUAACUACAAUUCCAGAAGAUAUUCUCCAGCUUCAUAAAAGGAAUUUGUUUGGUUUUAAGAUUCUAUCCAAAUACAACCGAAACCUAGCUACUCCAGUGGCAGUUAAGGCCGUGCCACCCAAUGAAGUGUUCCUGACCAAGGGUGAAGGACACUGCAUCCGAGAUGUGGCAGCACCAAAGCCAGUGGGAAAUUCUAGUGGACCAUCUGUGCAUUAUGGAAAUUGAACAGAUGAGGUGAACGCAGAGCUCAACGUACUUUGCUGUUCACAUUUCCCCGCGUCUUUCUCCUAUUCUGAAAACAACCCCCAUUAAAGCUGGACGUGAACACUGAAGUCAUAAUAUGCUUUUUAUUAAGUUUCUAUUUUGUUUCACCUCGGCCUUGUUGACAUGUAACUCAGUCAGUUUUUAAAUAUCAUUACUAGUUCAUUGAUUUCAAAUUUGCCCUACAUAAUCUAACAGGAUAGUUUGAUAGUAUCAGGAAACAGGAUCAGUAACUUAAAAUGUAAAUAUUACUUUUGCUACUCAAGGAAGGCCACCUCUAGGCUUCUCAGGGCUAGGUGGAUAUUGCGCCUGCGAGCGGGGCUUCUCCUGCAUUCUAACUGCCCCCUUCUAUCUACUCUCAUGACUGGUCCCCAGUCUUAUACCUUUUAUUUAAACAGUGUUCUUAAAAGACAGUUGUUUACAAACGACAGCUUAAAUUAAUUUAGGAAAAGAACAUACAGGCCUAGGUAAGUGCACUGUGGCAGGUCCCAGGCAGUUGUUAUCAGGGACUCACCUGCUGUCAGGAUGUAUGUUUCUGCUCUUUGCUUCGUGUCCGUUUCAUCCUCUCAACGCAGCUCUUGCCAGCACGUGGCUGCUGACCUUGCCCCGUCUCCCUCUCCAGUUUGGCUGCCCAGCAGAGCCUGAGGCUUCACCCUGGAAGAUUCUGAUGACUCUUCCUGGGCCAGGUGUCCUCUCUGGACUGUCAGCUGUGGCCAUAGGAGAUGGGAGACCUAAUGCCCUGCCCGUCCAGCUGAAGGUUCUGCAAAGUUAAGCACAGCUGGAAAGUAAUUUCUUCUAAUUAAGUUGAUGGAAAUACUGUUGGCAAGCUUUGCAGAUUCCGGCCCCUGGGCCAGUAAGGACCUGGCGUACUGAGGAGACAGUCAAGAUGAGACGAAAGAACUGACAAGGCAUUUCCCAGGCUUAGCUGUGGGAAACUUGUGCAGCUGAGUACCCUCCUUUAUGAUUGUGCCUUGAAGUCAGUUGUCACAUCAUGCUCUCAUUUUGUCAGAAAAUUGUCACUAAAACAAAACGAUACUGUGUAGCUACAAUUUUUGUUAACUAGAACAUAAAUUAUUUUCAAGAUAGUUUUAUGUUAUGAGGUAAAGCUGUAGUCAGCCUUAUGUAGAUGACCACUCCCCAGUUUCUCCUUCCGUUCACUACUUACCAUAGCUCCAUGUACAGAAUCCCGAGAUGGGUGAGACUGCUGAGGGGAGGGACUCUACCCAGUGUCCUGGGACUGAAUCCUGCAGGACGGAAACAUCCUAGCAUAGGACAUGGAAAAAUACCGAUAAGGAGGAAGGCAGUGUCUCAGGGAGAGGGAGCCAUUUGGACUUGGCCAAACAGGUGUUACUGACAGCACUGAAGAAUCUGAUGGAGUGCCAGGACAGAAGACUGGGUGAGAAGCAGGGUGAGAAUUCCAAGGCCACGGUGGACUGAGAGCUUCUGGGUGAGCUCUGCUGAAAGGAGGAUGAUGCAGCACUUGGAAGAGAUACAGCCAACACAGGGCUAAGAUGGGAGCCCGACAAUGGCACACCCAGCAUUUCUGGCAGCCUGCCAGGGACUUGCACUUCUUCUGUGAUGGCCCCUCAAAUUGUCCACCCAUAUUUCUCUUCCCCUGACCCUUAUCAGUUCCCUCCUGUGAUCCUAACUUGUUACUUAGAGCCAUGAUGCCUCCAGCUUAUUAUCAAGCUUCAAAUUUUAGGAUCUUUCAAG